AUGUCAUUGGUCAGCCCUAUUUGUGGAUCCGCGCACCGGUGUCUCGGUUCCUGGUUCCUGCUUGCUGAAGUGGCGUCCAACCCUUGUCAUGCACAGACUAUCUCCUUCUGCAGGGCAGUCAAGGGUUACGGUGUUACCCGAACUGCGGCCGAAGACCCUGAAUCUGCUUGCGGUGAUGCAAAACGGCGGUGCACAUGCAGACAUUUCAAGGUACGUAGAUCCGAACAAUUAGCCAACGCAGACCCACAUCCCGCUCCGAUGGACGACGACAAGUCCGUCUUCAGCUACCCACUAGCUCUUUCGCCGAUGCAGCAGCUCCUCAUCAUUAAAAUCUUGAACAAGGAGGCCAAAGAAGGCCAUGUAGACGGUACAAGACAGUAUUUUCGUCAACCAACUGUAUGCAGCAGUUCUGUCCAUACUCGAAAGAGCGACGCAAGAACACACCAAGAGACCAUGGCCCAAUAG